UAGAGAAGUAUAAUUUAAAAGAAAAUGGCGCAGAAAGUUAAUGUUAAUCGUAAUGUGCAAGAUCCCUUCUAUCGCUAUAAAAUGCCACGCCUUUUGGCCAAAGUUGAGGGAAAAGGAAAUGGAAUUAAAACUGUUGUUGCUAAUAUGCCUGAAAUUGCUAAGGCACUCUCUCGCCCUCCAACUUAUCCAACAAAAUAUUUUGGCUGUGAGCUCGGCGCUCAAACAUAUUUUGACUUUAAGAAUGACCGUUACAUUGUAAAUGGCGAACACGAUGCAUCAAAACUUCAAGAAUUAUUGGAUGGGUUUAUUAAAAAAUUUGUUUUGUGCCCAGCAUGUGACAAUCCUGAAACUGUCUUGACAGUCAAAAAACAAGUCAUUUAUGCCAAAUGUAAAGCUUGUGGACAUGGAUAUCAAGUUGAUCCGAAACAAAAAUUGUCUGCUUAUAUUCUUAAAAAUCCUCCAACGAGUGAAGAAAGCAAUGGAGACGGGAAAAAUGCUAAUAAUAAUAAUAAUAACGAUUCUGGCUCUCCUCCAACAGAAGCUGGGGAAGAUGGAAAUUUGGAAGAAGACAAUGGGACGGUUAAUGGAGCUGUUCGUGGAGGGAGUGGGUCGUUGGAUGAGGAGGAUGAUGACGAUUGGGCACCUGAAGUUAUUGAAGCUGAGAAGCUUAGUGGAGAGAUGAGUAAAAUGGUUGUGGACAAAGAUUUGGACAAAUCUAUUGAUGAUCGUCUUGAUAUGCUUCUUGCAUAUUUCCAACAAGCUCUAAAUGAUGGAACAAUUCAAGAUGGAAAGAAAAUGUUAAAUGAAGCUGAACGUUUAGAAUUAAAGAAUAAAGCUUCUCUUCUAUUGGCUAAUGUUUUGUUUACGGAAGAUUUGGUUCAACAAAUUAAACAAUAUCGAAAUUUGCUUCUUCGUUUUUGCAUGAAUGAUGCUAAGGUUAGGAAUUUUGGGAGUUUUAAUGAGAUUUGGGUUAAUUGGGGAGUCUUGGAUCAUUGGGAAAAUACGAAUAAAUUUUUGGUAAUAUUUUUUUCGCUAGUCAAUGUCAGUUCUGGAGAUCGGUAUUUUCAAAAAUCCUGUAUCUGGAUUUAG